UGCUUUGCUUCCACAUUCUCUGAUCUUUACCGCUUCUUCUUCAUCUUCUUGCAUUCCGUUGAGGUGAUUGGCGAUGGAUUCAAGUUCUUUGUUGCAGCGGUACCGUCGUGAUCGGCAGAAGCUGUUGGCAUUCUUGCUGUCCUCGCGUUUGAUCAAAGAGUUGAGGACUCCGGCUGGUCCUGUCACUGAUUUCUCCGCUGUCGACCUUGACUCUCUGAGUGCUAGCUAUGUUUUGGAGUGCAUUAAAUCCGGUGGAGUUAUUGACAUUUCUACAGCAUCUAAGAGGAAGCUACUUGAAUCUGCUUACCCGACAAUGAUACAAUCACGUUUCCGGACUACUUAUUUUCUACGUACUCAUCCAGAUUUGUCUGGACCACCUCCUAGCCGUGCACCACCACCUAUUAUCGUGGAAAGGUCCUCUAGUAGUGACAUAUCAUCUUCAUCUAGGUCGCUUGAUUCUUCAUUUGAUGACAAUAUUGCAACAUCUAGUGAUGACGGUGGUCCUCAAUCUAAUGGAACAACAGUCACACCUUCGAAACUUGGGAAAGAACAGGAAGUUCCAGCUUUAGGACUGCCGAAGUUGUACACAGGAUUAGCAGAUGAUGACUUGGAUGAAGCAGCGUAUAUAACCUUGCUUGCAUCAAUGGCAUUUUCCAGGAUCGAAAUCUAUUCAUUUGAGGACAAAAACAAAGAAAAUGUUAUUAAACAUAGUGCAGGGAUGAAAAGUACAAGGGAUGAAGUAGAUGUUCAAUCAAAGAAUUUUGAAAGACAUUUGAAUUUGCUUCACGCUGUCCACACCCAGAUGCAGAUUUCAGGAGUUGCUGAUGCAUGCAUGAGGAAACGGCUGAUGGAGUUGGCUGCAAGGAGAAACUGGGGGCAAAUUAAUGUUCCUCAAAUUUUAUUAGUCCUUUUGCAUAGUGUUUUCAGAUCUGAUUUUCCUAGUGAGAAAUCUUACAUCCAAUGGAAGCUCAGACAGGUCAAUAUUUUGGAAGAAUUCUGUUUCUCUGCUAAUCUUGCGGCAUCUGAACGUCAAAUCUGUGAAACCUCUCUAAUGAAGAUCAGAAGUACAAAGGAAUGGGAUAUGAAUAUGGUUCCAUCUGAGCGUGCUAAAGUUUUGUCAGGUAUUGCACAAGUACUGUCAAAAUUGUCAGCCCUUGAUGCAUAUCACUUUAACAUCAGAUUAUACGAGAAAUUGCUUUUUGGUGUACUUGGUGCUAGUGACGAUAACCAUCCCACUAUGGAAGUGGAUGACAGUGUCGGCCUUGUAAAAUUGACAUGGUCUAUUUUAGGAAUCACUCCGGAAAUACACAGUGUGAUCCAUGGGUGGGUUCUUUUUCAGCAGUUUGUCAAGACAGAUGAAAUUUCGUUCUUGGACAGUGCUAUGGUUGAGUUGCAAAAAAUUGCAUCGUCAAAAAACAACGAGGGGAAGGAGGAACAGUAUUUGGAAAGCCUUUCAUGUUCAAUUUCAUGCAAUGGCAAUGGCAAUGAAAUGAAGUUAAAUUUGGCAGAGGCCGUAUUUUUCUUAAUUAGCAGUUGGUGUGACAUUAAACUACAAGCCUAUCAUUUGCAUUUCCUUAAGAAACCUUCUUACUUCGGAAAAGUGGUGAGCUUGCUGUCCAUCGUUGGAGUUGUUACUUCUUAUGAUUGCAAUACUGUAAAGUUAACAAGAUUGGAUGGUUUGAAAGCGAGCGGAACUAGAAAACUCAGAACCUAUGUUGAGAGGUCCAUUGAAGCUGCUUACAAAGCGGUAGAGGAUAGUGUAAAUUCUGAAUCCAAAGAGAGUAUACACCCGCUUGCUCUGCUUGCCAAUAGGCUACGAUUGGUUGCUGAGAAAGAAAUUACUGUAUUCUUCCCAGUGUUACGUCAAUUAUGUCCUGAUUCUGGGAUAGUUGCAGCCAUGCUAUUGCACCAAUUUUAUGGAGAAAAAUUGAAACCAUUCUUAAAGGAAGUAUCAAAUCUUUCUGAUGAUGUAAGGUCAGUGCUUCCUGCUGCUUAUUCCUUAGAUCGUGAGCUAACUCAUCUGUUUACUUCUGCUUCCAAAGAAAGUAUAUUAAGUCCACUUCUAAAGGAAGAUCUCGAGCAUUAUCCGAUUGUACAAAUUGCCAAGCCUAUAAUUCUUGACUGGAUGAUCGAUCAGCUGGAACAAACCUCUGAAUGGACUGGACGUGCUUUCAAGUUAGAGAACUGGGAGCCGAUAUCAUUUCAGCAAAAUUUGGCAGCAUCAGUUAUUGAAGUUUUUAGAAUAAUUGAGGAGACUGUUGAUCAGUUUUUUGACCUGAACCUUCCGAUGGACAUCACACAUUUGCAAGCUCUCCUGUCCAUUGUCUACCACAGUUUGGAUGGCUAUUUAUCUGGUCUGCUCAACCAGUUAGUCGAGAAGAAUUGUUUGUAUCCACCUGUUCCUCCACUGACUCGUUUUGUGGAGACAGCCACAACAGGAAAGAAAAAGUUGCCUGAAUCUCACUUAGAUGAGCAUGUGAACAGAAAAUUGAAUGGCCUGACAAUAUCUAAGCUUUGUAUUAAAUUGAAUACUCUUGGUUAUAUUCAAAAACAAAUUGUAACACUGGAGGACAGAGUUGGAAAAUCUUGGGCACUUCUUGGACGAUCUGCCAAGCAUAAACAGGCCCAGGUAGAGGUUUCCACGACUUCAAAUGGUGGUAUUGGUACCUUCAGUGACGAAGCUAAUGAGUUGUUUGCCAACACUUUCAAUAACAUUAAGAGUUUCAUCGCAAAAUCUAUCAGCAAGUUCUGUGACUUUACUGGCACAAAAAUUAUUUUCUCAGAUCUCAGAGACGAAUUCCUCUCAUAUUUGUAUCGUGGCAAUGUUGAAGCUGCUCGAUUAGAAGGCUUCCUCGUGCAUCUUGAUGUUGUCCUGAACAAUGUAUGUGGCAUGAUCGAUGGUACUCUUAGGGAUCUUGUGGUAUUAAGCAUUUGUCGAGCAUCAAUGGAAGCCUUCACAUGGGUGAUGCUUAGUGGAGGUCCUUCACGUGGAUUUUCUGAUUCAGAUAUUGUUCUCAUUAGGGAAGAUCUAGGCAUAUUGAAGGACUUUUUUAUAGCUGAUAAAGAAGGCCUUUCCCGUAUUUUUGUUGAGAAGGAAGCCGAAUUUGCUGAAGAAAUAUUGGGAUUAUAUUCACUUCCGACUGAAACUAUUAUCCAAUUACUGAUGAGUUCAAGUGGGAAAAAUUCUACUGAGUUGGAUCCAUGUGGUAAUAAUGGCAGUCUUCAAUUUAACGAUUCCCAGGCAUUGGUACGAAUCUUGUGCCAUAAAAAAGAUACGGAAGCUUCUAUGUUUCUAAAGCGAAAAUAUAAUCUCCCUGCUUCUUCAGAUUAUGACGAUACCCCAUCAUUGAAAGACUCAACUUGAUAUUCUAAUUUCUGACCAAAAAAAAAUUUGAUAAUCAUUUUCGUUUUUUUCAAAACAAUUGAACUUUUAAACAAUACUUCAUCUAGUGCUUAGAAAAUCUAAACUAAGUUUUGAAAACUGCAAAAGUAGGCUUUAGAAACAUUUUCUUUUUCUUACAGAAUUUAACUGAAGUUUUAAAUAUUUUUCUAAAAGUUGUGAGGAACUAAGGGUUAUUUUCAAAAGCUAAUAAACUGAAAACGAAAUCAUUAUCAUCAAAUGGGAUGUAUGAGUCGUGUUGGUGGCCAGUUUCAAAGAAAGAGAAGGGAAAACGAUAAUGGAUUCAGCCCGAUUCUACUUCCCAAAGGCAAGUUUUAUUGACGAUCUAUUAAUGAAAAGUAAAGUUUUGUCAGUUCUACUGUUUUAGUAUUCAUGUAUAUUGUACAUAAUAUAUUCCAUUGUAAUGUCAUUUUAUAAUAAAAUUAAUUUGUUUCUGUAUUUGAUUAUAUUCUUAAUAGAGUAAGUAAUAUGUCCUGAUUGAAAAAAAAUAUUUGAUGUUUGAUGAA